AUGAGCCAAAAUCAAAAUUUAAUCAUUCCGGUGGAUACUCAAAUUGAUUCGGCAUUGGAGGAGAAUGAACCACAAGUUACACCAACUGAAACCACUUCAUUACUUGAAAAUGCCGAGCCUUUCCGACGAUAUAGUCAUUUCCCCUCGAAUGAUAGUAAUAAUGGUAAUCAGCACCCAAAAAGACCUUUUGUCAAUAGAAGACACACCUGGAACCCUUCACAAAUUCGUAAACUUACAGCUCCUAUAACACAUUAUAAAAGGCGAAGCGGCUUUUAUGAUGAAGAUAAGCAUGAGUUAGUUCGUGAAGGUGGCGGAAUUCGUGUCUGGUAUGAUGAUUACACAACUAUUGAUUGGAUCCAUGAUUAUAUCAAGGAACGUGUCCGAGUUCGUAAAUUGUACUCUCGUAAAGGAUUCUCGGGAUGGGUUAUAAAAUCUUGGGAUGGUUUACAAGGAUGGAUUUUGGUAUUUCUUAUUGGUAUUGUUGUUGCAUGCGUUGCUGGCAUAGUUGAUGUAACUGCUGAAUGGGGUUCAGAUUUAAAGGAUGGAUAUUGUUCAAAUGGUAUUACAUUGAAAAAACAAUUUUGCUGCAAAAAUCAAAAACCUGAAUCAUGUGCUGAAUGGGUUGAAUGGUCCAGUGCAUUUAAAAUGGAAGAUCCUGAAAAAAGUGCUUGGUUUAAUUAUUUUGCCUAUGUGUUUAUUGCUUUUUGGUUUGCAGUUGGAUCAGCCUUACUUGUGAAAUACAAUUCACUUUAUGCAUCACCUUCUUCAAAACGUUCAAUAAGAUCAAACAAUGAUUCACAAAAAAGUAGACAACCUAAACCAUAUGCUUCUGGUAGUGGUAUACCUGAGGUUAAAACGAUUUUAAGUGGCUUUGUUAUUCGUGGAUUCCUUGGUAUAAGAACACUUUGGGUUAAAGCCAUUGCAUUGGCAAUGGCAGUAUCAUCUGGAAUGACUCUUGGAAAAGAAGGCCCAUUUGUUCAUAUAGCAUGUUGUGUUGGCAAUGUGAUAAGUAGAUUAUUCCAUAAAUAUAAUAAAAAUGAAGGGAAAAGAAGAGAAAUAUUAUCUGCAUCAGCUGCAGCUGGUGUAAGUGUAGCAUUUGCUGCACCAAUUGGUGGUGUAUUGUUUUCUUUGGAAGAAGUUAGUUAUUAUUUUCCAAGUAAAACUCUGUGUAGAAGUUUCUUUUGUGCAAUUGUAGCAGCCGUUUCUCUAAAGUUUAUAGAUCCAUUCGGCACUGGUAAAAUUGUAAUGUUUCAAGUAAAAUAUGAUAAAGACUGGCAUUUUUUUGAAAUUGGAUCAUUUCUAAUCCUUGGUAUAUUAGGUGGAUUAUUUGGAGCACUAUUAUGUAAAUGCAUUGUUUUAUACACCAAAUAUAUUAGAAAUGGCACCAGGCUUAAACAAUGGCCAAUAAUAGAAGUAGCAAUGGUUGUUAUUCUCACUUCAUCUCUUAAUUAUUUAAAUCCUUUUACAAAGAUAUCAAAUACUGAUUUGGUGGCAAAUUUAUUUAGUGAAUGUUCAGAUGAAAAAGAUUCAUUAGGUCUUUGUGUAUAUUCGGCCAAAGAUGUAUAUCCAAUAUUUCAUUUACUUGCAGUGGCCUUAAUGUCCAAAUUUUUAACAUGUAUAAUAACUUUUGGUAUAAGAACCCCAGCUGGUAUAUUUAUACCUGCAUUAUUAAUUGGUGCAUGUUUUGGUAGAAUGCUGGGAUUGUAUCCAGACUCUCCAGUGUUUGAACAAUGUAAUCCAAGAGCACCAAAUGAUUGUGUGAUACCUGGUGUAUAUGCAAUGGUAGGAGCUGCUGCUUCUUUAGCUGGUGUGACUAGAAUGACAGUUUCUUUAACAGUAAUUAUGUUUGAAUUAACAGGUGCAUUAACAUAUGUAUUACCAAUCAUGACUUCAAUAAUGAUAUCUAAAUGGGUAGCAGAUGGAUUUGUUCAUCAUGGAAUUUAUAAUUUGUUGAUUGACUUGAAUGAACAUCCUUUUUUGGAUGCAAAUGCUGAAUAUAUUCAAGCAACAAAUACAUUUGAUUUGACACAAAAAGAUUUAGAAAUUAUUGAUGUUAAUGAUUUGAAUACUGUGGGUGAAUUAAAAGCAAAAUUAAAAAAUUUAUUCACACAAACAUAUCUUAAUCCCAAAUUUUUAACAUGUAUAAUAACUUUUGGUAUAAGAACCCCAGCUGGUAUAUUUAUACCUGCAUUAUUAAUUGGUGCAUGUUUUGGUAGAAUGUUGGGAUUGUACCCGGAUUCUCCAGUGUUUGAACAAUGUGAUCCAAGAGCACCAAAUGAUUGUGUGAUACCUGGUGUAUAUGCGAUGGUAGGAGCUGCUGCUGCUUUAGCUGGUGUGACUAGAAUGACAGUUUCUUUAACAGUAAUUAUGUUUGAAUUAACAGGUGCAUUAACAUAUGUAUUACCAAUAAUGACUUCAAUAAUGAUAUCUAAAUGGGUAGCAGAUGGAUUUGUUCAUCAUGGAAUUUAUAAUUUGUUGAUUGACUUGAAUGAACAUCCUUUUUUGGAUGCAAAUGCUGAAUAUAUUCAAGCAACAAAUACAUUUGAUUUGACACAAAAAGAUUUAGAAGUUAUUGAUGUUAAUGAUUUGAAUACUGUGGGUGAAUUAAAAGCAAAAUUAAAAAAUUUAUUGCCGAUCGAACAACCAAUGGAAAUACUUAACAGACCAUCUUCAGGUCUUGGUCAUUAUCACCAGCGAUUUCCUACACCCGAGAUUAACCCUUUAGGCACAAAAGGUGCUUUAGCUAUAGCAUUUGCAAACUUGAUCAAAGUGGUAUGGAGUGGACAAUAUCCGGUUGUUUCUCCUGUAACAUUUAAACAAGCUAUUGGUGAUUUUGCACCUCAAUUUUCAGGAACUGAUCAACAAGAUUCACAAGAAUUUCUUGCAUAUUUAUUAGAUGGGCUGCAUGAGGAUUUGAACAUUGUAAAAGUUAAACCCAUUAUUAAAGAAUUAACAGAGAAAGAAGAAGAAAUCAUGGAAGGUCUUCCGAUUCAAAUUGCAUCAGUGUUUGAAUGGGAUAGAUACAUGAUGCGCAAUUCAUCUAUCGUG